AUGGGUUUCUUUGAUCAUAAAUCUGAAGAGUCUCAAAAGUGGCAAGAGUUUAAUGAGAUUCAAGAAGGUGGCUAUGAACCUGAGCGUCACAAAGCCAAAAUCUCGCACGAGCUCAUAAGUGGCGCUGCUGCCUUCGAGGCCGCCAAAGCCUGGGAAGAUCACAAGAAGAAAAAUGGUGAACCUGAAAACCAUGCCAGGGCUAAGGAGAUUGCUGCCGGUUUCGCUGGAGCGUUUGUUGAUCGUAUGGUUGAGACCCAUGGGCUAGAUUUCAUCGAUCAAGAAAAAACCAAACGAGAUGCUCGUAAGAGGGUUGAGGAAGCAAUUGAUGAGAAUGGUUAUUGA